GUGGCUCUAAAAUAAAAAUGAAAGUAGAUUAACCAAAAAUGAGCUGAGACAAAGGAAUUUUAUUUUCAGCGUACUUUUAUUGAGAAAAUAAAAACUUUUACAUGAGAAUGUUUUUGUGUGUGACUCUCCUGAUUCUCUACAGAGUUAUGGAAUCACAAUCAGAGAAAUUACAGGUGGUUGGUUCAGCAGCUCCUCUUGCUGCUGUAGCUGGUGAAGAUCUGGUUCUUCCCUGUUUCAUAAAACCCAACAUCAGUGCUGUGGACAUGACAGUGGAGUGGUGGAGACUAAAGGAAGAUGCUUCAUUAGUGCAUUUCUAUAAGGAUCACAUGGACAUAUAUGAAGAUCAGGAUCAGUCCUACAGAGGAAGAACAUCACUGUUUAAAGAAGAGCUACAGAAAGGCAAUGCUUCACUCAAACUCUCAGCUCUCAGAGUCUCUGAUGAAGGAGCAUAUAAAUGUCUCAUUACGGACAAAUCCUGGUAUGAUGACGUCACUGUUCAUGUCACUGUAGAGGCUCAGGGAAGCCACCCGGUGAUUACAAUGGAGAGUUAUGAUAAUUCGGGAGGGAUUAAUCUAGUGUGUGAGUCCAGAGGCUGGAACCCUGAACCUGAGGUUCUGUGGCUGGACAGAGAAGGAGCCACUCUGCCUGCUGAAGACAUGCAGAUACUCACAGAGAGCUUCAGUGUUAAACGUCACAUCACUGUUCAUGAUUAUAGCGACUCCAACAGAUUCUACUGCAGACUUCUACAAAAACAUCACAUGAUGGAGACAGAGAUUAUUAUUAAUAGUAAAGUCUUUGCUGCUUGGAAGUGGAUUGUUGGAAUUUCAGUUUCAGUAUGUCUUCUUGCUGUUGGAUUGAUAGUAACUGCAGUUAUCUGUUACAAGAAAGUCUCAGAGCUUCAAAAGGAGAAGAAAUACACAGUCUCAGAGCUUCAAAAGGAGAAGAAAUACACAGAGUUUUUAAAGAAGAAGUUGUGUGCAGUGGAUGUGAUUCUGGAUCCUGAUACUGCAAAUCCAUAUCUCAUCCUGUCUGCUGAUGGAAAACAAGUGACACAUGGAGACGAGCGGCAGAAUCUCCCUGAUACACCACAGAGAUUUAAUCAGUGUGUUAAUGUUCUGGGGAAGCAGAGUUUCUCCUCAGGGAGAUUUUAUUAUGAGGUGCAGGUCAGAGGGAAAACUGAGUGGGAUUUAGGAGUUGUGAGAGAAAACAUUAACAGGAAGGGAGAGAUUAUACUGAGACCUCAGAAUGGAUUCUGGACUGUGGGACUGAGGAAUGAGAAUCAGUAUAAAGCUUUUGCUGGUCCCUCUGUCCCCCUCACACUGAGAGAGAAGGUGGAGAAGGUGGGAGUGUUUGUGGAUUAUGAGGAGGGUCUGGUCUCCUUUUAUGAUGUGAACUCCAGAUCUCAUAUCUACUCUUUCACUGGUCAGACUUUCACUGAGAAACUCUAUCCAUUCUUCAGUCCUUGUGAUAAUGAUGGAGGUAAAAAUUCAGCACCACUGAUCAUCUCUCCUGUAUUUAAUACUGAAUAAAUUUUCACCUCACAGUUUUAAUCAUCUAUUAAAUGUGGAGAAUAAAAAUAUUUUUUAUUUUGAGAAAGUUUUAAAGAUUUGUACAGGUUAUUUUAUUUUUAC